CACGUCACAUUACGGCCAUGCUGCAGCUGCGCGUUUUUAACAGACUUCUCCAACACUUUUAUUGGAGGACUCAAGAAUCCACAAAAGGUCUGUUACCUGGUUUUCCUUCUCAGCUGUGGGGUGGAUACAGAUCUACCUGGCGAAGAAACAAAUCAAGUCUUCCAGAUGUGAGGGAGAGGACUCUCAUAGCCGUGAAACCAGACGGAGUUCAGCGCCGUCUUGUCGGGCAAAUAAUUCACCGGUUUGAGCAGCGGGGAUUCAAGCUGGUUGGCCUGAAGAUGGUGCAGGUGUCUGAGGAUCUCCUGUCUCAGCACUACUGUGAGCUGAGAGCUAAGCCCUUCUAUCCUAGUCUGCUGCAUUACAUGACCUCAGGGCCUGUGGUGGUCAUGGUAUGGGAGGGGCCCAAUGUAGUCCAGACAUCACGUAAAAUGGUAGGACACACUAACCCAACUGAAGCCCAGGCGGGCACAGUCAGAGGAGAUUUCAGCGUCCAUGUCAGCAGGAACGUUGUCCAUGCCAGUGAUUCACUGGAGGGUGCUCAAAGGGAGAUCCAGCUGUGGUUUCAGGGAAAGGAUCUCCUGAACUGGGAAUGCUGCGACCAGGGUAACAUGAUGGAGGACUGAAGAUGCUUGACAGUUCAAGGCAGUGAGAAUCAGUAAUAACUACCUCUUCUCCUGCUGCCUAAUGACAGUGCCACCACAGUUUCUUUCUCUAAGUAAUUUACCUCAUUAAGUGCACUAAGAAUCAAAAGAUUUUUGCUAAAGCAAAUGUGAGAUUUUAGAAUACCAACUACCCAUAUGUACAUAUAUACAGUAGCCAUCUUAGUCUUAGCAUUGGAUUAUUAUUGCUAUACACCAACCAGCUACAACCAUGGAAAAAAUACUGACUGGGACUACUGGGCAAUCACUUAAGGUACCCCAAAGGCUAAGUGGCUCCUGAUCUAGACCCUCUGCUUGUCAGUUUCUGCUUCAUUCAUGAAGGUAACUAUCUUUUCAAAGAAAGAAAAAUGAACAACAACCAAAAAGUUAGAAAAUCUCUGCAAAUAGAGAGCAAUGUUUAGGUGCAGAAUGGCUGUAAAGUCUGCAAACAGCCAUAAUGAGAUACAAAGUCCACACAAACAGAUGUGAGUUUUGGAUCACAAAGAGACACAAAAUGAUCACAUGCAAAAAAUGUUUCUCUACCUUUUUUUUAUUUUGAUCUGCAAGUCUUUCAAAGUGCCUGCCUACUCCAGCAGAGUAAUACAUCUACCCACUUUGCAGAAAUAAUUCAGUAAUGGUAUGAAGAACGUGACAGAGAGCUCAAAGUGUUGACUUGGCUGCCAAAUUCCUCAGAUUAUAAUCUGAUUGAGUAUCUGUGGGCCGUGCCAGAAAAACGAGUCUAACGCACAGAAAUACAACCUUUUAGGUUAAGACUUGAAGGAUCUGCUGCUAACGUCUUGGUGCUUGAUACUACAGGGUCCAGUUAGAAGACUGAUCAGAGCUGUUUUGGUACCAUAAUGGGGCUACAAUAUUAGACAGGUGGUCUUGAUUUUUGUGACUUAUGAGUGCAUUCUUUCUGGUUAAUAGUUAUAUGCAUUUGGUCUAACAAAGAGUGUGUGUGUGUGUGUGUGUGUGUGUAUGUUUUGUUUAUACUGUUAGUUCCCCUCCCCCACAUCUGGCCCACUGUAAUGUGAUUAUUCUCAUUAACAAAUAUAAUUAUUAUUUAAUGUAUACAUAAUUAAACUGUUUACUUGACCUCUGUCCUCAGAUAACCUAAGUGCAAUUUUAUAUGUGAUUUGAAAUUUUGUGAUACAUUUUUUUUUAACUGAAAACAUGAAAUAAUAUUUCUACCUCUCAAGAAAUAAAACAAGAGUUUCCCCCAUAAUGUUAACUAACUGCUAUCAGGUAUCAGAGUUUUUAUGUGAGUU